AGCUACCCGGGCUUGAAAAACAGCACGCACGCCCGCAGAGCCUUGCGUCAGCCGACGCGGAAGUCAACGAUUUGGACUACAAGACUGACGAAAGUUUGCAUUUUAAAGUUCCACUUCUGCAACAUUUUUUGGAGGGAAACAAAAUGCUGCGCCCGCUCGUGAUCCUGCUUUGCUUGGGGUCGCUGCACCACACCUCGGAGGCCGUGGCGGCGGAGAAGCUGGCGGACAAAAAGACGUGCGGCGACGAAGAGUGCUCGUAUGUGCUCUCCAUGGCCACGGCUUUGGAUGACUUCAUCGGUCCGGACUGCAGGUUCAUCAACCUCAAGAGGGAGCAGAAGGUUUACGUGUAUUCUAAACUGGUACCAGAGGAGGGCGGUGGCGUCUUCUGGUCUGGCAGUGUGUACAGUGAUCGCUACGUGGACCAGAUGGGCAUCAUCGGCUACUUCCCUGCCACCUUAGUGAAGGAGACACAGAGGUUUAGAGAGGAAACAGUAGAGAUUCCAACAACAAACGCAGAUUUCUCCUGUGCUUAAACAAGGUGGACACGGACGGAUGCUUCUGUGCUGGUUCCAGGAAACUGGGCAACAGAAUUUGAAUCCAGGGUUGUAAUCCUCAGCAGGGACCUGCAGGACAAGUGCUGCAACCAAACUGCGGCGGCCUGUCAUGUAUUUUUCACGCCAAUUCACAUCAGUGUUAAUUAGAAUUGCCCGAUAAUGGCUUUUUUUGCCGAUAUUCUGAUAUUGUCCAACUCUUAAAUACCGAUUUCGAUAUCAACCGAUACGAUACAUACACUCGUGGAAUGAACACAUUAUUAUGCCUAAUUUUGCUGUGAUGCAUUAAACAAUGUAACAAGGUUAUCCAAAAUAAAUCAACUCAAGUUAUUGGAAAAAAA